ACGGCUUCAUGGGUUGCCCAGACUCCAGGGGUGACAGAUGCCAGUUCUGCCAAUCAAGUGUUGUGUGCUAGAGGUGAAGCUGCUGCGAGGACGGAAUGCUGCGCACAGAAGGCCUGCCCGGUGCCCAUUCAGUACGCAACUUGAAUGCACGGCAUCGUACCUCUCAGUCUUUCCCAACAGAGCCCGCAAGACGCGCGUUCUUGGAUCCUGGGAGGAUGGGCUACGCAUAUAAAGGCUGGGUAGCUGGCUCUCAAUGUACCGCAGCAGCACACUCGCGGCGCAAUUUCCUCCCUUACUUCGCUAUCCGCUACAAUACGCUCUGUAUCCGACUUCUUCUUGAAAGGCACCACUGACUGGUUGCUCUCUGCUCUUUAGAUGCAGCUCUCCGCGCUCAUCGCUACCCUCGCCCUAGCCAUUGGCAUGGCUAACGCUCAGCACAGUCAUGCAUUUUGGCUGCCUGUGUCGAUAUUCAAACAUUAUCCGGUCAUAGCGAGCCCUUUGUGGGACGGGGCCCACCCGCCGUACUGUCCAAGCGCAGCCUACGAGUUCACCGGCAUUAAACCCGUGGCUAUUGAUAGAUGGCCUGUCCCGAUCACAGGUCGUAAAGCUGCCGACAAGUAGGGUUUAGACGUCCACCUCUUGAGCCUUCGCUCGAGGACCAGC